ACGCGACACUUCGGAUCGAUCCGCCUCACCGUGAAGCGGUGCUUUCCAGUCUGGCUCGUCCUGUUUAGCAGUCGAGCGGACGUGGAGAGACCAAUUCUACCGGAGGCCACCCGCGUCCCUUAUGAAGGGUAAACGGACGUCAAAUCAGCACGAUAAGAGAGAGAAUGGUCUCGCGGCUCCCGGAAGGCGUAUCACCAAGCAAAGGAGUAACCCUCAGAUCAACGGUCACCCCAAUGGCAAAUCACAGUCAUCCACGCCGCCGCUCUCGAGCGAUGUAAAUCAGCAAAAUACCCAGCGACCCGUCACGUCCUCAGACAAUGCCAACGCCAACGGAUCGUCUACCGCAAAUUCGGACAUGGCCGCCGCCGCUGGGAACUCGAGGGGGGUUGACGAUCGCACGCGCGCUGGCUCCGAGGCCUCGCUCGAUCAACUUGACGCCUAUCGUCAGUACGACGGGCAUGGGCCUCUCGAUCCCUCUCCAAGCACCCCCCGGCGGACUGACACCCUUUCGAGCAAGAGCGCACCAUCCGUCUACCGACCCAAUAUGCUGACCGUAGCCACGACCAUUCUCUCAUCCUGUCCUCUGCGGGACGUUCUCGCCAUCCUCAUCAUCCUCCUGCAGCUUCCUCCCGCCGUCCUCACCGUAGUGCAGUUCCUCUUCGCUACCCUCACCUUUGUGCCUCCCCAAGCUGGAACCCCUCUAUCAGCUCUUUCCGCUUUCCCAUCCUUUACCGACAUCUUCCAAGGUUCCAGUGGCACCCCUUCUCUGUUCACCAUCAUCUUCGCCGAUGCCCUCAUAUUGCUCAUAUGGCUCGUACUCUGGGUCCCUGUACAAAACUUCUUUCUGGAUCUCGCCCAAGCCGUCAUUGCCAUAGCCCUGGGAGGUGCAGCGGCCGGGAAAAAUGGAACGACGAGCAGUAUAUUCAUUUGUUCCUUUAUCAUUCUCACGAACCAUCUGUUCAGAUUUCGGCCUCUCCGGCAACAUAUCGUCCAAUUUCUAUGGACCGGGCUCGCGCGGGGAGGCCUCGAUUUUUUAACGAGCCCACCAAGUACACCUACAUUUCAGGAAAGUUUUUCUACCCCUCACGGGUGGUCACGGAGUUUAUUGGGCAUUCAUAUUUUGGCUCAAGGUGUCGUGCGUAUCAUUCGACGCUCUCUUUCUCGACGCGAGGCUGCAGCCCACUCGCUGCCAACCGGCAAAAGGGCUGACCCGGAGGCCGGUGGCCAUCUUUCUCGCAGCGCUACCGUCAAUUUUGAUGUCAGUUCCGAUGUGCCAAAUUCCACCAGCACUGACGGCCGCCCACCCGGGCCGUCGCCAGCACCUUUUUCGACAAAGGAUAAGACGAGUACUACGAGGAGGAAGAGAAAGCAGGCCACUCAUGUCCGGAGUCAGCAGCCUUUUUGGGCUGCACUUGCGAGUACAAAAGUUACAGUUUUGAAAGAGAUGGAGAGCAGCCGAGCGGCUAACGAUGCCGACGAGGCUCACGCAAAAGACGUAAAUCACUUAGGGAAUGCUAUAUGGAGACCGGAAGACGACCGAGUUUGGAUUACUGAAGUCCGACACGCCGAUAUUGCAUUCCGUGUCAGCGUAUACGGUGGAGAACAGCAGGCUGGAGCACAGGAUGAGCAAGAGGAUGGUUCGGGGUCUGGGAUAGACAAGUCGAAGCCUUUCUAUAUUCGCGUGAACCGCGCAGAUUGGAGUUCGACUCGCAUUCGACAGGGCAACUCGCUGGGUUACCUUGGUGAGGAGGGAACAGGCUUCUGGGUCGGAGAGAUUUUUGGCCUGACAGCCCUUUCGAAUUACGUUUUGGAAUUCGUUAGGACUGCAGACGAAGAAGUCUUCUAUAAGACCAGCCUUAUUACCUCAACAGGCCCUGUCGCUGAACAAGCUUCUAUCACUUCCCCACCACCACAUCAAGCUCUACGACCUUCUUCACCCUCGACCACAUUGAAGAACUCCAUUGCCGCGGCGGAUCAGAAACUUCAAGACCAGCGCAACCGUUUGAAGCGGGCCCGAAAGGACCACAAGACUGCAAUUACUGCCAUCAAGAAAGAAGUGGAUACUUUGAGUAAUCGGGUUGCUAAUGCCGGAGGUAGCGAUGAACGCCAACGCCAAAGGGUUCUUCAGUUCAAUCAAAACAUCCGCCAGGCAGAGGAUGCUACCGCUGACUUUGCUCUGCAAGUUGAAGCACUCGGAGAGGUUCCCGAGGACGAGGCUGAGGCUGCCGCCAUUCAAAAACGAGCUUGGAAGAAGGAGCGAGACAACAAGGACAGAAUUGUUGCUGAGUUCGAGAAGAUCAAAAACGACUUUGAGCGCCAGGUUCAGAGCAUCGAAUCUGACAUGGCCAGUACUCUGCAGAAACGCGAACGUCUGCAGCAACGCCAGAUUCGACUUAACGAGCAACAAGAACGUCUCCUCAUUGCCAACCGAGAAGGAUUUUCCGCCCAGCAACGCCGUCAACAGGAGCGUUUUGCCUUGUUGCAAGAUCGGAUGAACAUUGAGAAUCAAUAUCGCAGCAACAUCAACGGAUACGAUCGUCGCACUGCUGAGUCACAAAUGGCAACCGCACAAGCUUUGCAGACCAUCCAGCAUUACGAAGCUCUGAUUCUCCAAGAGUCUCAACAACAAAUGUCCGUUCCUACCACGCCCGAGGGGCAUCUUCCUGGCACCAAUGGAAAUAGCAUGUCCCCCGUUGGCAACGCUUUCAGUGGCUUCUCAUUCCCGUCCCUCACUGCCCAAAUCAACAGUACCCCAGGAUCAAUCCGCAAUGGGCGUGAUGGACGUGGUCGCUCCUCAUCGAUGCUCUCGAAUGUGUCCGGUUUCACCGACGGCUUUGAAGACGCAAUGUCGCCAUCGCACCAUUACCUCCUUGGCCAUCCAUUCAGUCCUCAGGGCCUGCUCAACGGGAGGAAAGGCAGCAAUGGCAGUGGCAGCUUGAGCUCAGGAACCUCCAGUCAAAGCUCGAGUCAGCGUGACCCUCUGAGCCCGGUUCAAAAUCCAAAGCCUCUGAUGUUGAGAACUCCCACAGGCGGUAGCAACGGGUUGACCAGUCCAAUUGGUGGUCGAUGAACAACUACAGUCUUCGUGUCUCGGUUCGGUUAGUCGCUUGCGCAU